CACAGACCCAAACUCAAGUCAAUAAUAUAAAAUAUGGGAUCAUAGUUACUAGCAUCUUAUCAUAAUGUAAUUUAAUUAAGUAAAGAUUGUACAACCUCAAAGACUGUGUAGAACAAUUGAACUACUUCUAUUCCCCAAUAAAAAGUGACGCUGACGUGACAGCUGCGCCAAGAACUCCGUCUGGGGCCGAUUCCUGAGUUUAAGUGUUAUGCUUUAUAAAAAAGGUGUUCUAUCUAAUUACCAAAAUGAGUUAUAAUUCGGGUGGGAGCAGCGGCAAAGGACUUGGAUUCGCUGGGUUUACGAUGCCAAAACGAAAUCCUUCCAAUAUUUCUUUACAUGCUGUACCACCUCCGACGGCUAUGAACGCUGUACCACCUCCGAAUUCAGGGUUGUCGAAGCAGGGGUAUUCAACAAUGAAUGCCAUAACCCAAAAUGCUGUAACUGGCUUUACAUUAGGAAAGAAACGCGCAAAAACAGAAGAUGAAUAUUUUGAUGAUGAUGAUGAGCCACCCACACCAGCACUUGCAUACAUUCCUGCACCUGGCAGCCCUACAUAUAACAUGAUGAAUUCUAGGAAUGAAGAAGAAGAAGAAGAUCCUCUAGAUGCAUAUAUGGCAGGUCUUGAACAGCAGGCUGCUAAGGAUUUAAAGACCAGCAAAGAGAAUGAAGCCAGUGGUAAGGAGGACAGUGGCAGAGGGACAAGAGGGGACAUUGAUGAAAUGGAUGAUGAAGAGAGCUACUAUAAAUAUAUGGAGGAUAAUCCAUUGACUGCAGCUGAUGAUGGUUCAGAUGUAGAAAUCGAGUAUGAUGAAGAUGGCAACCCUCUACCUCCACCAAAGAAAAAGUUUAUUGAUCCACUACCACCAAUCGACCAUUCUGAAAUAGAGUAUGAACCAUUUGAGAAAAACUUCUACACCCCUCAUGAGGAAAUUGAAAAGUUAACACAUGUGCAAGUUGAAGAAUUAAAAAAGAAUUUAGGUGUUAAGAUAACGGGGCCAGAACCACCAAAACCAGUGAGCAGCUUUGCUCACUUGUGUUUUGAUGAACAACUGAUGAAGGCAAUACGUCGCUCAGAGUACACACAGCCUACUCCCGUGCAGGCUGCAGGCAUCCCAGCAGCACUGUCUGGAAGAGACAUAAUUGGUAUUGCACGGACUGGGUCUGGUAAGACGGCAGCAUUCAUCUGGCCACUCCUCAUCCACAUCAUGGACCAGAAGGAAAUAUCUCCAGGGGAUGGGCCCAUUGGUCUCAUCUUAGCGCCAACAAGAGAACUCGCACAACAGAUAUACAUGGAGACGAAGAGAUUCGGCAAAGUGUACAACAUUAGAUGUGUGUGUUGCUACGGGGGUGGCUCUAAGUGGGAACAGACCAAAGCAUUAGAGGGUGGUGCAGAGAUAAUAGUGGGGACUCCUGGCAGAGUCAUCGACUUGAUCAAAUGUAAAGCCACCAACUUGAAGAGAGUUACCUACCUGGUCCUUGAUGAGGCUGAUAGAAUGUUUGAUAUGGGCUUUGAGCCCCAAGUUCGAUCAAUAUGCAACCACGUGAGGCCAGACCGACAAGCGCUGCUGUUCUCUGCGACGUUUCCGCGCCGCGUGGAGAAGCUGGCCCGUGAUGCCUUGCACGACCCCGUGCGAGUGCAGCACGGGGCCGCGGGUGAGGCGAGCCAGCUGGUGACACAGCACGUCAGGAUAUUCAACAAGCCGGAAGAAAAAUGGUCGUGGCUGUUACAGAACUUGGUCGAGUUUCUUUCUGCGGGAAGUGUUCUCAUAUUUGUAACCAAAAAGCUCGAGGCUGAACAGACGGCAGCGAAUCUUGGCGUACAACAAUACGACGCUCUGUUAUUGCACGGUGACAUGGAUCAAGCUGACAGGAACCAGGUGAUCACUUCCUUCAAGCGACAAGAACAUAAUAUACUCGUCGCAACUGAUGUUGCAGCUCGCGGGCUGGACAUUCCUCACAUUCGCACCGUCAUCAACUACACGCUCGCGCGAGACAUUGACACGCACACGCACCGCAUCGGCCGCACGGGCCGCGCCGGCGUGCCCGGAGACGCGCACACUCUCCUCUCCAGGGACAAGGACAAGGAGUUCGCCGGACAUUUGGUGCGCAACCUGGAGGGAGCGCAGCAGGAAGUACCAGAGGAUCUGAUGCACUUGGCGAUGCAGUCCUCGUGGUUCCGCAAGUCCAGGUUCAAGAAAAGCAAGGGGAAGAACCUUAAUGUUGGUGGUUGCGGUCUUGGGUAUAAGGAGCGACCAGGUUUACCUAACGUGAGCGAGGAGCCGCUCGUAAGCGCGCCGAGCGGGCCAGCCACGGAUCGACUCGCCACGCUCAAACAGGCCUUCCGGUCGCAGUAUGACAAGUUUACAGCAUCCUCGGACCACUCAUGGGAGCAAACGAGACCUGCCCUUCAGCCCGGGGUGAACGCGCCCGCCGCAGAGCUAGACAAUCCACCGGAAAGAGUACGAAAGAGUGGCAAGAAAAGUCGUUGGGAGUAGAAUAAGCAAAUAAAUUUAUGUAAAAUUUA